AUGGCAUCAUUCCUCAUCACCGGCUCGUCUCGCGGCCUGGGCCUGGAACUGGUCAGGAACCUGGUAACUCUCAACCAAAGCACCAUUGGAACCAUUUUCGCCUCUUCUCGCGCUUCAUCCCCUUCAUCCGACCUCGCACAAGUCAUUCAGACAUCCAACGGACGCGUGCAAUACGUGCAGCUCGAUGUCAACAACCAAAGCAGCGUUGAGGCCGCUACAGCCACAGUCGCCCAGAAACUACUAUCAUCCAAAACCGGACUGGACGUCUUGGUCAACAACGCUGGCAUUCAAAUUUCCGAACAAAAGCCCAGCCUAGUCAGCGCUGCUGAUUUGGACACCACCCUUUCGACCAAUGUCACCAGCGUGCACCGCGUCACGGCCGCAUUCUUGCCCCUCUUGUCUCAAGGACAAGCCAAGAAAAUCGUGAAUGUGUCCAGCACGCUCGGAUCUAUUGAUCUGUCUGUGCGCUCGGGAGUGACGUAUCAUCCGUCUUACAAGAUCUCCAAGGCGGCUCUGAAUAUGCUGACGGUGCAGUAUGCCGCCGAGCUGGGGCCGCAGGGUUUCACUGUCUUUGCCGUGAGUCCUGGCUGGCUGCAGACUGAUCUGGGAGGAGCUUAUGCGCAUUUGAAGCCGGCUGAGGGCGCUCGUCAAGUGACCGAUAUUAUUUUGAAGUCGUCUCCUGAGAAGGAUAAUGGCAGCUUUCGGGAUAUCUAUAUCGAGGGAGACUCUUUAUAUACAGGGGCGAAUCCGCCAUGGUAG